AUGAGUGGAAGACUGCAUUCAAAAGCAGUGAGGGCCUCUAUGAAUGUGGUCUACUUUGAUGAUAUUCUUAUCUACAAUCAGGAUGAGAAGGAGCAUAUGUCGCAUCUACGAAAGGUUUUCCAAGUGCUAAAGGAGAAUGAACUUUACAUCAACCUUAAGAAGUGUGUGUUCUUGAUGACUCGGCUAGUGUUCUUGGGGUUCGUGGUAAGCUCGCAGGGGAUCCAGGUUGAUGAAGAUAAAGUCAAGGCAAUCAAGGAUUGGCCGACUCCAAAAAGUACUACUGAAGUAAGAAGCUUUCAUAGAUUAGCAUCUUUUUAUCGGUGUUUCAUUCGCAAUUUUAGUUCUAUAGUUGCUCCCAUAACGGAUUGCUUGAAGAAGAAGGGCAUUUUCAAGUGGACUGAUGAAGCCAAUGCAGCUUUUGCCCUUAUCAAGGAGAAGAUUACCACUUCACCUAUAUUGGCGUUUCCAGAUUUCGACAAGCUCUUUGAGCUUGAGUGCGACGUGUGUGGUGUAGGUAUUGGAGAAGUCCUCUCUCAAGAGAAGCGCCUCAUUGCUUUCUUGAGUGAGAAGUUGAAUGAAGCUCUAUAG